AUGACUGGGCGAAAGCGUCUGCACAUUUCUCCCUUGAACGCGCAACUCCUCCCAACAGUGCUCCCACCAUCUCUCCUCCUGCAAGCCUCCAAUAUCUCCUACCAUACCAUUCAGACAUUUCCGGAAAAGGAUUACGGCUACGUCGAUCUUCCAGAACUAGAAGCUGACAAGCUCAAGAAGAAGCUGAACGGUUCUGUGCUGAAGGGGUCAAAAAUGCGCGUUGAAUUAGCACGACACGAGAAGGAUACGACCGAGGGUAGAAAUGGACUUCCUGUAAAUUCAGAGCUCACUCUCAGCAACGCAUCUCGGAGGGGGAAGACCAAGACGAGGGAGGAGGGUGUCAUACCGGGCUACGAGCUGCCUACGGAGCGCAAGGUCAAGCGAGGUUGGACAGAGCCGACCUCAAGUGACGCCAAACCUACGAAGCUGCGUAAAGACAGGGUGGUUAAGAAAUCGAGACCGAAAACAACAUCUUUGACUGGACAAGCCGAAUGUUUGUUUAAGACUACCCUACCACCAAAUGCAUCGGGCGCCGACGCUGCAAAGGAGGGCAAGGCGAAGAAGAGAAAGAGAGGUGAUUCGAAUCGGGAUGUCGUGGUACAUGAAUACUCCAAUACUACAAAGCAUGCGAGCUUCUUGAGGGAUGAACUGGGUGCGGAGGGCAAGAAGAUUGCAUCCGAAUACAUCGAGGGUAAAGGGUGGGUUGAUGAGGAUGGCAGUACGGUUGAAGCGGAGCCAGAGAAGCGACGAAGCAAAGUCAAGAUUGAGGAAGCUAACGAAGAGUUGACGGUAUCGAAGCCCAGACGAUCCAGAAGGUCGAGCAAGCUGGAAGUGCCUUUGGUGGAGGUUACAGCUCCUAAAAUCCAGGGAGUAAAGGGUGAACCUGUCGAUGACGAGACUUCCUCUAGCGGCACAUCAUCCGACUCGGAGAGUGAUAGCGAAGUUGAGAGGUCUGAAAACCCGCCUCCAGCUCGUAAGUCAACCAGAGCGUCCGCUCGCAAACCAAAGGCCAAGAGCAAGGGGCUUGGAAUCAGCGAAGCUGGAGAUGGCGAGGUCGAGGUGGACCGGGUAGAGAGGCUUUCGAUUACGAGAUCAUCUGCAACACCUCCACCAGUCCAGGAACCACAGUCAAUAUCAGCUCCAGCCACCGACGAAGUACACCCCCUAGAGGCUCUCUUCAAGCGACCAAACAACGCGGCAUCCCAUACUCCCAAGAAACCAAAUCUUGAAGUCUCCACAUCAUUUAACUUCUUCGACCCAGACGUGGACGAAGGAGAGAGCCAAACCCUUCUCAUACCCCAAACACCCUUCACGCAGCAAGAUAUACGACAGCGGAGGCAACGGAGUGCGGCGCCCACUCCCGAUACAGCUGCCCCAGGGAAGACCUUUGGUGAUAUUUGGGUUGGUACAUCGGAUGUUAGUGAGGUGGAUGGGGACGAUGAAGAAGAGGAUACAGCUGCAGGCAAGACGGAGGGGGUGUCGACGGGCUCAAAGGAUGAGAAGCCAGAAACUGAGUUCUCAAAGUGGUUCUGGGAACAUCGCGGCGAGACAAAUCGGGCUUGGAAAAGGAGGCGCAGAGAGGCUGCGAAGGAGAAAAGGCAGAAGGACAACAAGGAGCGCAGAGGGUGA